CUGGAACAAAAGGUCAAAGUGGACUGCAGUGUAAAUGUGGAGGCAGCCGAUAAAUAUCCUUGCCUGCAGCUGGAGGUGGAGAGGCAGUGUCAGCUGCAGCAGGUUGUGUGUUCCGCGGGUCCUGCAAACAGGGCUUGACUGGAAGGCACUCGGGGAUUCCGUGCAGAUUCGCACACGAGGAUGGCUUGUGAAAUCAUGCCGCUGCGAAGCUCACAGGAAGAUGAAAGACCUUUAUCACCUUUCUACCUGAGUGCUCAUGUCACCCAAGUCAGCAAUGUUUCAACAACCGGAGAACUCUUAGAAAGAACCAUCAGGUCAGCCGUAGAAGAGCAUCUUUUUGAUGUCAACAACUCUGCAGAACAAAGUUCAGAGGACUCAGAACCUGGACCAUCAUCAGCAUCUUCUGUACCUACCAGGCAGCGAGGGCAUCAAUUUAAGAAGCAGGAUGAUGUUUGGCAUGGUUGCGACAAGGAGCUUAUCAACAAGGAGAAUAUCCCCUCUGGCUUCAGCAGCUGUGCUGGGUGCAUCCUGAACAGUCAGGAAGCAGAAAGAUUCCAGGACGAUAUUUGUGACUGCGUUGGGGAAAGAAGCAAACCCAAGCGUCAGAAAUCCAGUUCCAGGCUUGCCGAGAAAUCCAGUUCCAGGCUUGCCGAGCUCAGGGAUAGCCAUGAUGGGCCCCUGGUAAGGGAAGUUUCAAACAUGGAAAGUCUCAGUUCCAUGCAAUCUCAAGAAACACUGGAACCUGAAGCUGCUGAAACAUUAUCUUCUGAGAGCAAAGAAAUUGAAAGAGGCGGUAGAGACACUCAGCGUUGUGAGAACCCCACAAUGAAGAUUCAGGAGCAUCCCAGUCUAUCUGAAACCAAGCAACAGAGGAAUCAAGAUGGUGAGAAUCAGCAGGAGAGCUUUGUCCCAGAUAUGCCCCAGUUGGACCUGACAGCACUGUGCGAUGAGAAGACCUGGGAAGAACCCAUCCCUUCCUGGCAGCAAGAGAAUGCAGACUCUGACGAAGCCCGUCUCUCACCACAGGCUGGGCGCCUGAUUCACCAGUUUCUGGAUGAAGACAGUGACCCCAUGCUGUCCCCCAGGUUCUAUGCCUAUGGGCAGAGCAGGCAGUACCUGGAUGACACAGAAGUACCUCCUUCUCCCCCCAAUUCCCAUUCUUUCAUGAGGCGGCGAAGCUCCUCCCUGGGGUCCUAUGAUGAUGAACAAGAGGACCUGACACCCGUGCAGCUCACCAGAAGGAUCCAGACCCUGAAAAAGAAGAUUCGAAAGUUCGAGGACAGGUUUGAAGAAGAGAGGAAGUACAGACCCUCUCACAGUGACAAGGCAGCUAAUCCAGAGGUUCUGAAAUGGACAAAUGACUUAGCCAAAUUCCGGAAACAGCUGAAAGAAUCAAAACUGAAGAUCUCUGAAGAGGAUCUCACCCCCAGGACACGGCAACGAAGUAACACACUCCCCAAGAGUUUUGGUUCCCAGCUAGAAAAAGAAGAUGAGAAGAAGCAAGAACUGCUGGAUAAAGCCAUCAGGCCCAGUGUUGAAGCUACACUGGAAGGGAUACUAAGGAAACUCCAAGAGAAGCGAGUGGAGUCCAGCCGUCCCGAGGACAUUAAGGAUAUGACCAAGGACCAGAUUGCUAAUGAGAAAGUGGCUCUGCAGAAAGCCCUGCUAUACUACGAAAGUAUCCAUGGGCGGCCGGUGACAAAGACUGAGCGCCAGAUUAUGAAACCGCUGUAUGAUCGGUACCGACUAGUCAAACAGAUCCUGUCCCGGGCCAGCACUGUCCCCAUCAUUGGUUCCCCCUCCAGCAAACGGAGAAGCCCUUCACUGCAGCCGAUAAUCGAGGGCGAAACUGCUUCCUUCUUCAAGGAGAUAAAGGAACAAGAGGAGGGGUCAGAAGAUGACAGCUCCACAAAGCCAGACUUUGCUGCCACUUUGAAAACAGACUGCAGUGCACAUUGCUUUCUGGACCAACUUGAAGAUGAUGCUGAUGGAUUUAUUUCACCAAUGGAUGACAAAAUGCCAUCGAAAUGCAGCCAGGACUCAGGCCUUUCAAACCUCCACUCUGCUUCAAUACCUGAACUCUUGGAAUACCUUCAGGAAAUGAGAGAAGAAAAGAAAAUGAUUCGAAAGAAACUUCAUGAUUUUGAAGACAAUUUUUUCAGACAAAAUGGGAGAAAUGUCCAGAAGGAAGACCGCACUCCAAUGGCCGAAGAGUACAAUGAAUACAAGCACAUAAAGGCGAAGCUACGUUUGCUGGAGGUGCUCAUCAGCAAAAGAGAUUCUGAUUCCAAAUCCAUGUGAAGGACUGGUAGUGUGGAUGAAUGACAGUUCUCCCCAGAAGGAAAGAACAGCUCUGGAAGGCAGUCUUGGAACUAUACUCACAAAGCAGGCAAUCCCCUGCCUCUGACCCAUCAGACUGACUCCUGCUUCCAUUGUCUGCCUUAGAAACUGCCUGCAUGGAAGACACCAGUGUGAGCUGACUAAGGGAUUUUAUAGUGGCAGAGUCAAGACUCCUACACAUAUCAGUACACACUGCAGUAGGAACUUCACUGACUUUAGACACACCAUCAGACUCGGCAGAUCACCUGUUGUUGUUCCCUGACAACUGAGAAACAUGAGGCCAUUCUAAAACUGUGACAGGCACCAGCUCAGGACUUCCCUUGCAGAGCCUGCUUGUUGUGGAGGUCCGUGCUCGCCCCGGACCCCACAUGGUUGACCACAUUAUUUGCUGCCUUGGCCAUUUCCCGAGCUGCACUUAUCCACUCCUACAAACCCAUUUCCCUGUUAGCUCUCAGGUAGAAGGAGGCUGCAUCCAUCCAGUGGCGGGGCAGUCAUUUCAUUGUUUCGACCUCUCAGCUGGCAGACUUUAAGUCCCUGCCUCAUACCUGUUUACGCUGAGGACAGAGUGACUACCCAAGUAGCUAUGCAGAUGUUAUUUUCAAAUCAGGUGACAGCUGAAGAGCCUGAAAACUCUUCAAGACACUGACUGCACUUUCCAGUCUCAGACAUUGAUGCCGAACACAAAAUGAGGCCGGUGUUCCUAUGAUAACCUGUUUGGGGCUCAAUUUUGUUGUUGCACUAGCCAAACAAAGCAGUCUUGCUUCAUUAUUAGACAAGGAAUAGAAUAUUAUGGGAGAGAGGGAGUCUGUAUCAGUCUCCUAAACUUACCAGAGCAUAAUUUUUCUACGAAAGUAAAUCUGCACUAAAAUCCCUAAAUGGAUGGGUAAGAUGUAGUAACCCUAAGCGCUCAGCUCAUUCUCAAGGCAGAAUCUAGAUCACACCGUUUUCAAGAUGAUACAUAAACAAAAUGGUGUGUGGCCCAUUUUGAUGCUGUGGUUUUUGUUUUUGUUUUUUCCAAAGACUAUGUCACAAAGCUGUCUAUAUUAGACAUUUUGGAGGGACCAGGGAACUUAAGACACACACCACCCCCAUUCAUCUCUUCUGUGUGCCUGCAGUCACUCCUGUGAUUGUUCUUUCUUUUCAUCUACCAAUUUUGCAGGCUUGGUUUUGCAGCUGCGCAACAGCCUUGCCUCUGAAAGACUGCACUGUAGGCUAGGCAGACAGCAGGGAGACCCCGUUCUGUUUGGAGAGUCACCUUCGAGAGGGCACAGUGUUAAUGAGGAGAAUGGAAAACUGUAUCACCAAUUACAAUGAUAAAAUAGGUUUCGGGGUCUCUAAUCAGAUGAUUUUUCAGCACUGAUCCCCCACUGUAGCUCUGUCACCAGGAGGCUCUUUCAGUAACGGGUGGGGUGGGGUGGGUAGAGGAUUCCUUUAGUUUUGCUUUUACAAACAAUCCACUAGAAGCAUGAGCUAUGUGUUGGAAAUAUUGUUUUUAUCCACACACUUAAAGACGAUACAUAAUCCUACAAAUUUCAAUGUACAUGAAAAUGUAGUUUGAUAUUCUUUGCUCUGCUGUUUACAUUUGCUAUGAUUUCCAGGAGUUAUACUAUGAAUAAAAUUCUGUAAUGUAGGAUGUUUUCUAUUUUUUGAGGCCUGAACAUGAAUCAUGCACAUGACCAAAAAAUUGUAUUUUUAAAAGGAAAUCCAUAUCUAGUCUGUAAUUUUUAAGUACUUAAUCUCCUAAGGAAACUGGAAUGACUCAAAUCAGCACCAGUUAACUUUUAAAGCACAUCUGCUUAAGAGCACUGUUUUGAAAAGAAUACACUAGAGAUUUCUUCUUUAAAGCUGCAUACAAAUGAGAAGCUAUUAGAUGUUUUGAAAUCCAUCCUUUGCACCAAAGCUAAAUGAACUAAGAUUUAUUCACGACUCCCCAUUCAGUUUUAUGUGAUCAAUAAAAUACCACGUUAUUGGAAAAUAAAUCAUGUAUGGAA